AUGAAUUUUGGAAUAAUUAUAAAUAAUGGAAAAAAUGAUCAAAUAUACGAUGAUUGUUGUUCUUUAUUUGACAAAUAUUUUCUAAAUUAUCCUUUGUACAAUAACCUUAUAUUUAGAUACAUUUUAAAAAAAAUAAUAGAAGAAAAUCUUUCUAUUUCAGUGAAUGCAGUAACAUAUUCAGGAAAAACUUUUGAAACAAAAGAUGAAUGUAAUACGAUUAUAAUAGAAAAAAUAUUAAAAUUGAAUCUUGAAAAUUUUAAUUAUACAACAUUAGUAAAUAAGGAAAAUAUUUUUUUAUUUAUUAAUACUUCAAUUUACGAUAAAAAAGAUUUGGAUAUAAUUUUUAUAAAAUUUAGAAGUAGUAACAUAAGUAACUUUUUUACAGAAAAUGUUAGAAAAGAACAAAUUAAUUACGAAUAUACAACUAUUGGUGAAGAAAUUUCCAAAGAAAAUAUACAAAACUUAACUCAUCUUGAAGAUGAUAUUUAUAAUGCUAUUAAUCAUAUGAAUAUUCCUUCAAAUUUUUUUUUUGAAUUACUGUACCAUUUAAACAUCAGACCACACAAUACACUAAUAAAUGAAUUUAAUAAAUCAAUCUCUAUUAAAAGUAAUUUUAAUGAAGAAACAAAAAAACUUGAUUCUGUAGAUGAAUGUUUGUUACAAACAUUUAAUGAUAGCAUAAAUAUUGUUAAACAAACACUAGAAAAAGCAAACAUAUUUUUUAUGAUGGAAAAAUUUAGUCUGAAAAUGAUGAAAAUGCAAAUUAAUGAUGAAAUGAAAAAUCUUGAAUCUCUAGAGAAGAAAUGUUCAAAAAAAAUGAAAAGUAAUAAUCUUCAACAAUAUUAUUCGGAGGAAAAAAAUGCAACAAAACAAAAAACAAUUUCAGAGAUAACAACUAUUCUUAUUCAACGAAAAGAUUUUCUAACAAAAUGUUUAAAUAAAUGCAACAUUUUUAGUGAUAAACAUACACAAUACCUAAAUAAUUUUAUAAUAGAAAUUGACAAGACAAUUAAUGCAAUAAAAGAAAUAAAUAAAAAAGACAUUUAUACAAAGAUAAGAACAUUAAUUGAUAAGAGAGAGGAUGCAUUCCAAAUGGUCAAACAAAAUUACGAAAUUAUUAAUGGGAAAAAACUAAUCUCAACUAUAGAUACUGAACAAGAUAAGUUACAAGAUGAAUUUUUAACUGAAGUUGAAGCUUUUUCAAAUAUUGUUGAUAAUGAAAAGAAGAAAUUUAACUUUAUAAAUAACAACCAACAAAAUAUAAUUGAAAAUUCGAAAAUAAAUUUACAAAAAAUUAAUGAUAUUGACAAAAAUUUAAAGUACAUUAUUAGUUGUAAAACAAAGAUAGAAAAACUAAUUGCAAAUCAUGACAAAUUUGAAACUGCUUCAAAAUUAAAGGACUUCCUUAGUAAUUUAUGA